AUGGUCGGGUCAAAAGGUUUGCGAGCCAACCCAGACAAGAUCGAUGCCGUUCUUACCAUGAGGCCUCCGACGUCGGUCAAAGUAAUCCAGUCCUUAAAUGGGCGAUUGGCCGCCCUCAAUCGUUUCCUAUCGGAGUUUAAAUGGACUGAAGAAGCCGCACGAGCCUCUGAAGAGCUUAAAGCUUAUCUCGGUACCUUGCCAACCCUCACCGUACCAGAAAAAGACGAGGUACUGACGGUCUACUUAGCCGCAUCGUUUGGUGCUAUCAGUGCAGUACUAGUCGCUCACCGAACCGGAGCACAAAUCCCCAUCUACUAUGUAAGCCGAACAUUGAAAGAUUAUGAAACAAGAAACUCAAACUUGGAAAAGCUAGCUCUGGCGUUAGUCCAUGCUUCAAGAAGACUUCGUCGAUACUUUCAAGCCCAUCCGAUUGAGGUACGAACGGAUCAAAGAAUCCAGCAUGUUCUCCGACGGCCCGAAGUUUCAGGUCGCAUGGCAAAAUGGGCAAUCGAGCUGGGCGCAUUCAAUAUCACCUUCAGAACCAAAGGUCCGUUAAAGGGACAGGUAAUAUCUGAUUUUUUAGUAGAGAUGCCGGAGGAUAAAGAAAUGGAAAAAACGGAGAAAGCUCCAGACAAGCCCUGGUCUUUGUAUACAGACGAGGCUUCGAGCGCCGAAGGGGCGGAAGCAGGUUUGAUUCUCACUGAUCCGGAUGGCACGGAUAUGACGUAUGCGCUCCGAUUAGAAUUCAAGAGUUCUAAUAAUGAAGCUGAAUAUGAGGCCCUGCUAGAAAGAAAUGUUGUGGCCUAUGUAGAUUCAUUGCUCGUAGCGAAUCAGAUGAACGGAGAAUAUGAAGCAAGGGAAGCCAACAUGAUUAAAUAUCUCGAACAGGUAAAACAAGUUAUGGCAUCGUUCGAUUCAUGUAAAUUUGAACAUAUUCCUCUAAACAAAAACAAAAAGGCCGACGCAUUAAGCAAGUUGGCAUCCGUUUCGUUCAGUCAUUUGGCCAAAGAGGUAAGGGUGGAGGUGUUAACCGCGCCUUCAAUUACCACUCCUCACGUUAUGCAAGUAGAAGCUCUGUCUCAAACAUGGAUGACUCCCAUAAUCAACUACCUGGUGCACGAUGUUUUGCCAGUUUAUAAAGCAGAAGCGAGAAAGAUCCAAGUCAACUCUCUUCAAUAUCAGAUGCAGGAAGGAGGCCUGUACCGAAAGACUUUCCUUGGGCCUCGGUUAAAAUGCCUCGAUCCGGAACAGGCCAGCUAUAUUAUCAGAGAAAUACAUUACGGCAUUUGUGGGAUUCACGCCGAGCCAAAAAUGAUCGUAACAAAGGUAAAAAAUGCAGGAUAUUACUGGCCUAGGAUGCACGAGAGUGCAGUCAAGGAACUCCAACAAUGUGACGAAUGCCAAAAGCACGCACCAGUAAGCCUCCGAGCAAAGAAUGAGAUGAUCCUGAUCGUAUGCUGCUUCGGUCUCUCGCUCUACAUUGUAAGCGAUAAUGCAAAGCAAUUCGCGGAAAAUCCAUUCAAACGCUGGUGUGAGAAUUUGAAGAUUAACCAAGUCUUCUCCUCGGUCGCACACCCCCAGGGGAAUGGGCAGGUCGAACAGAUAAACCGACGGAUCGUAGAUGGUAUAAAAAGAAGACUUGGUUACGAGGGCAAUGGAUGGGCAGAUGAGUUGCCGAACAUUCUAUGGGCUCACCGAACGUUGCACAAGACUAGUAACGGAGAAACACCAUUCAGUCUUACAUAUGGCACUGAGGCCGUGAUCCCCGCAGAAAUUGGACUCCCAAAUCAAAGGUGCAAAAACUGGGAAGAAAACGAACAGGAGCUCCGAUCCAAUCUCGAUCUGCUAGAAGAGCUUCGGAACGUUUCGGCCACAAAGGAGGCAUGA